GGGAUUAUGGCGUUUGGGGGUUCCCAGGUCUGGGGCUGUGGGGUUUUGGGGUGCUCAGGUCUGUAGGGACAUGGGGUUUGGGGUGAGGGACUGUGGGGUUACGGGGUGCCCAGGUUUCAGGUGAAGAGGCUUUGGGGUGCCCAGGUGUGUGUCUGAGGUUCUGUGGGUUACGGGAUGCCCAGCUGUGUGGCUGAGGCUCUAUGGGGUACCCAGGUUUGGAGUGAGGGGGUUUUGGGGUUCUAAGGUCUGUCACUGAGGCUCUGUGGGGGUUUGGGGUGCCCAGGUUUGGGGUGAGGAGCUGUGGCGUUAUGGGAUGCCUGGGACUUGUGGGUGAGGGGUUUUGGGGUGCCAGGUCUGUGGCUGAGGGGCUGUGGGGUGCUCAGGUCUGGGGUGAGAGGGUUGUGGGGUACCUAGGUUUGGGGUCAGGGUGUUUUGGGGUGCCCAGGUUUGGGGUCAGGGUCUGCGGGGUGGGCACAGGAGCCACCUGCAUCCUCGUUAUCCCCCACUGCUCGUUAUCUCCAGGGAAUAAUUACCCACGGGGUUAUUCCUGUGUUAAUUAGCUCGUGCCCAUCAAAAUCCCGUCCCUGUUGCAGAAGAACCCAGUUUGUGUUUCAUUUUUCAAUCUCCCCAGUGUCAGAGACACAAACUGAGGAUUGACCACGAGAAAAUCAGGCACAUCCUCUGCCCCGGAGAAGUUCUGGAGUCUAAGAUAAAGAAAACAUUCAGCGAGGGAUCAGGUCUCCGAGUGUCCUCAAAUCUCCAUUUUUGGUGUAAAAAUGACGAAAUUAGGGUUUCUCCGCCUGUCCUAUGAGAAGCAAGACACGCUGCUCAAGCUGCUCAUCCUGUCCAUGGCAGCCGUGCUCUCUUUCUCCACGAGGCUUUUUUCCGUCUUAAGAUUCGAAAGUGUCAUCCAUGAGUUUGACCCAUAUUUUAAUUACCGCACCACCCGCUUUCUGGCCGAGGAAGGUUUUUAUAAGUUCCACAAUUGGUUCGACGACCGCGCGUGGUACCCGCUGGGCAGGAUUAUCGGCGGGACGAUUUAUCCCGGGCUGAUGAUCACCUCGGCCGCCAUUUACCACGUCCUGCACUUCUUCCACGUCACCAUCGACAUCCGCAACGUCUGCGUCUUCCUGGCUCCGCUCUUCUCCUCCUUCACCACCGUCGUCACCUACCACCUCACCAAAGAGCUCAAGGACGCGGGCGCGGGCCUCCUGGCCGCCGCCAUGAUCGCCGUGGUGCCCGGGUACAUCUCGCGAUCCGUCGCCGGCUCCUACGAUAACGAAGGUAUCGCGAUAUUCUGCAUGCUCCUCACCUACUACAUGUGGAUCAAAGCCGUUAAAACCGGUUCUAUCUAUUGGGCCGCCAUGUGCGCUCUGGCUUAUUUCUACAUGGUUUCCUCGUGGGGUGGUUACGUGUUUCUGAUCAACCUGAUCCCGCUGCACGUGCUGGUGCUGAUGCUGACCGGCCGCUUCUCCCACCGCAUCUACGUGGCCUAUUGCACCGUCUACUGCCUGGGCACCAUCCUGUCCAUGCAGAUCUCCUUCGUCGGCUUCCAGCCCGUCCUGUCCUCGGAGCACAUGGCGGCUCUCGGCGUCUUCGGCCUUUGCCAGAUCCACGCGUUCGUCGACUAUUUGCGCAGCAAACUCAACCCCCAGCAGUUCGAGAUCCUUUUCCGCAGCGUCAUCUCCCUCGUCGGCUUCCUCCUCCUGUCCCUCGGCACCGUCCUCAUGCUGACCGGGAAAAUCUCACCGUGGACGGGGCGUUUCUACUCCCUCCUGGAUCCUUCCUACGCCAAGAACAACAUCCCCAUCAUCGCCUCCGUCUCCGAGCACCAACCCACCACCUGGUCCUCUUAUUAUUUCGACCUCCAGCUUCUCGUCUUCAUGUUCCCCGUGGGACUCUACUACUGCUUCAGCAACCUCUCGGACGCCCGGAUCUUCAUCAUCAUGUACGGCGUCACCAGCAUGUACUUCUCGGCCGUGAUGGUGCGGCUGAUGCUGGUGCUGGCCCCGGUGAUGUGCAUCCUCUCCGGCAUCGGCGUCUCCCAAGUCUUGUCCACCUACAUGAAGAACCUGGACAUCAGCCGCCCGGACAAGAAGAGCAAAAAGCAACAAGAUUCCACCUACCCCAUCAAAAACGAGGUGGCCAGCGGGAUGAUCUUGGUGAUGGCGUUCUUCCUCAUCACCUACACCUUCCACUCCACGUGGGUGACCAGCGAGGCCUACUCGUCCCCUUCCAUCGUGCUUUCCGCCCGCGGCGGUGACGGCAGCCGGAUCAUCUUCGACGACUUCAGAGAAGCUUAUUAUUGGCUGCGCCACAACACGCCAGAGGACGCCAAGGUGAUGUCGUGGUGGGACUACGGCUACCAGAUCACCGCCAUGGCCAACCGCACCAUCCUGGUGGACAACAACACCUGGAACAACACCCACAUCUCCCGUGUUGGGCAGGCCAUGGCAUCGACGGAGGAGAAGGCCUACGAGAUCAUGAGGGAGCUGGACGUCAGCUACGUGCUGGUCAUCUUCGGCGGCCUCACCGGUUACUCCUCGGACGACAUCAACAAGUUCCUGUGGAUGGUUCGCAUCGGCGGCAGCACCGACACCGGCCGCCACAUCAAGGAGCACGACUACUACACCCCCACGGGCGAGUUCCGCGUCGACCGCGAGGGCUCCCCGGUGCUGCUCAACUGCCUCAUGUACAAGAUGUGCUACUACCGCUUCGGCCAGGUCUACACCGAGGCCAAGCGGCCGCCGGGCUACGACCGCGUGCGCAACGCCGAAAUCGGCAACAAGGACUUUGAGCUGGACGUGCUGGAGGAGGCGUACACCACCGAGCACUGGCUGGUGCGGAUAUACAAGGUGAAGGAUUUGGACAACCGCGGUUUGUCGAGGACGUAGAGGAGCCGCUGCCACAGCCUCGGCUUGUGAAGCAGAAAUCGGGGGGGUUUGGGGAUGGUUUUUGGUGAUUUUUGGAUUUCUUUUCAAGGGGUUUGUUUUAUUUUAAUUUGGUUUUGUUUUGUACCGUUUGUAAGCGCCGGCAGCCGCCCGGCCCUGCCGGGGGGAUGAUUUUUAUACACAGAGCAGCCGCCAAAUCCCAAAUUACGGCUUUGACCCGGGGGAGAAGUCGAUUCACGGGGAAUCACAAAUAAUAAUAACAAGUUUAAAAGAAA